AUGUGUUUCGCCGGCACGUCUCUCUUUGUGGCUCUGCCCUCGCUGCCGCAUGAAGACUUUGCCGCCGUGCAGGUCCUCUCCCCAUUCGCCCUCCCACCCCCUGCCCUCACCCCACAGCACAUAGAGUGCAGCACGGGGCGGGAGGGCGAGCGGUACCACCUGGACGCGCACGUGCCGCGCGCCAGCAGAGGGCCGCUGCUGGCCGUGCGCGUGCACGCGGGGCGGGUGUUUGCGCUGCAUGCGGGCGGCGUGCACGUGUUCCGCCUGCACCGCGCGGCGCAGCGGGGCGGAGGGGCGGGGGCAGGCACGGGUGCGGGCAGGGAUUUGGGGUAUGAGGUGCGGGGGCGGGGUUACCUGCAGCAAAGGGCAGGGCAGGGGAGGGAAGAUAGGGGCAGGUGUGAUGUGAGGGCAGCAGCAGACACCCGAGCCCCUGCGGCGGUGAGGGGGGGAGAGAGCGGAGGGGCAGAGCAAGAAGCAGCAGUGGUGCUCCGUCCCCGGGAAUGGCACAGCAGUGCGGCUGAGGGGUCUGAUGAGGGCGGUGAGGGGGAGCUGGGGGGAGAGGUGGGUUAUGGAAGAGAGGAGGGGUAUGAAACGGACGAGGGUGUGGAUGGGCAGGAGGGCGAGGGGCGUCAGGACUGCAUUGCGAGGACCAUGGAGUGUGAGGGCGGCGGUGGUGGAGUGGGCAGUGGGAGGAGCGAGGGGGAGACAGUGGAGGAGCGGAGGCUGGUGGGGGUGGUGGGCAGGCGGGUGAAUGGGCUGCUGCACCCAGCCAUGGAUGUGGUUGGGGAUAGGCUGCUGCUCGUCUCCGCUAACCAUCCGCCAUGCCUCUAUUCUUGUCCCUGA